AAUAAACGAAUGGCAACGUUUUGUUGUGAAAUCCUACUGACUAAUUUUUCUUGAUAAAAAGUUUGACAGCCGGAAUCAGCGAUAUUAUUUCGGUGUUUUGAAAAUAUGGAUAUUAUUUUUCACGAAAAGCAACAAGGGUCGUUAUGCGCACAACACUGUCUAAAUGCGCUUCUUCAAGGACCUUACUUUACUGCUGUUGAUCUAGCUACAAUAGGGCAUCGUUUCGAUGAAGAGGAGAGAGCUCGAAUGGCUGAAGCUGGAGUCUCCAGUGAAGAAUACAAUCGGUUCCUUCAAGAACCAUCAUCUAAUGUGGAUGACAGUGGCUAUUUUUCAGUCCAAGUCAUCUCUGAAGCACUCUCGGUAUGGGGACUAGAACUGAUUCCUUACAAUUCUUCAGAUCCACGUGCAGCUGUGACCAGACAGUGCCCAAUAAAUGAAAAUGCCUUCAUCUGUCACUACAGAGACCACUGGUUCUCUAUUCGAAAACUAGGCAGACAAUGGUUCAAUCUCAAUUCCAUCCUGUCAGGCCCUGAACUCCUUUCCGACACAUAUCUUUCCCUCUUUCUGGCCCAGCUGCAGACUGACAAAUAUUCCAUCUUCAUAGUUGUAGGUGACUUGCCUAGUUGUGAGGCUGACAAGGUCUUGAGUUUAGCCCCCCUCUCUCCUCGCCACUUUAGAAAAGCCCCAACCAAGAAACAAGAACCAGAAGAGGACGACGAACAACUGAAGGCUGCACUAGCCAUGAGCUGGAAAGAAAUGGAAGAAGGGGAUGACCAAGAAGCCCUGAACAAGGCCAUUCUACAGAGUUUGCAAAGCAGUCAGCACGGUCAAGAACUGCCAGCAGCUAUCGCCCCAGAGGCGAGCAUCAGCACUGUCGACGAGGAUUUGAAACGAGCCAUUAGCUUAAGUUUAAGUCAAGAUCACGGGGAAACAUCUUCGUCUACCGCAGAGGCCUCCACAUCGUCGGCCAUCUCCGAUUCGGUUGAAUUCAUUCGACAGAGAAGACUUCUCCGAUUAGGACAGUCAGCCACAUCGCCAAAUAACCCUUGAAUCAAUCAAUUGCCUUUUUUGUUUUCAUCCUUUUGUUAAUUUCAGUGUUUAAAAUAUUCCGGAAAAAAGGAAGUGAUGUUUGUUUCCUUAAAAAAGAAGUGGAGUUGUCUAAAUUCAAUUGUGUAAUAUGAUUUUGUCUCUUUGUUUUGAAAUUCUUGAGCUAAUAAUCCGACUGCUAUCGACUUGAUUAAAUGGUUUGUGUACAAUUCUAAAAGCGAAUCGGAUUGAAACUAAUGGUGUUUUGCGAAUUUGUUUAACGUCUCUAUUACUUUGUGAAUUGAUAUUUAAAUAUGCGCCAGCAACAGUUUGUUGCCAUUUAAAUAUUGAAAUGCGAUAACAAUAGCAGCAAGCUGACAAGUAAAUGCAAUACACACAACACAUUCAAUGACA